AUGCCGUUCACUGGUGCUUCUGACGAUUCGAAUGCAUCAUUUAGAUCGUUGCAACUGAUUCAGAAAAAAGGGUUUUCCAGACGAGACAUGCAUGCAGAGCUGAUUGACAACAAGCUUGGUGAUGACCAAACUGACUGGAAUGAGAAUGGGAGGGAGGGGUCGGUCGAUAGCGGGAAGUUGUCGGUGCGGUCGCCCUGGAGGAGUGAAUUUUACAAGAAUCGUAUUUCCCAGCCAAGAUCGAACUCAAUCAAUUCUUUGAUGUCGGAGAGUUUCAGUAGAAGAGACAGUAGUGUAUGCAGUGUGGAUAGCACUGACGGUGGAGGUUUCGACACGAACGUCGCUUUCGACGAGAUCUCAGUGUACAAUGUAUGGCUUCAAGAGUUUUAUUUAAAUAAAUUACAACUAUUGAAAAGAGGUUUGAAAUUGAUGAAGGACAAGACUAUACCUUUGGCUACCGAUCCGUCGUUAAGAAAAAAAUUGUUUUUAGCAGAGGGAGAAGAAAUAACGCCGACUUUUCUUAUAGAUUUGCUCGAUGAUAUUUUGGUAAGAGGUAAUGGUAAGAGACAAUUAUUGGAUGAUGAGUUAAUAACCCCUAUUUUGGAAUUUGUUCAUCUUCACAUAAACUCAAACAGAGCACAGUACAAGCAUGAACAACUGGAACAGAACAAGGCGUUGAUCGAACGUUUGGCAGUUCCUUUUUACUCAACUUUGAAUUAUUCUAGUUGGUCAAACAUACCGUUAGACAUCAAUUUACCAUGUAUACUUACACAAUCACAGAAACCGUACAAAUUUAUGUCCAUCAAUAAAUUUGCAUCUGAGUUACUAUGUAUAACAACAGAAACAACUUUGGAAAACUCACCUUUGGAUCUUUUGCAAUUUAUAGAUGACAAGUUCAAAGAUGCACUAAUCGAAGAAUUUGAAACCCAUACAAACCUUUCGAAAUUCUUCGUCUCAAUGAAAAUAGAGAAUAGAAUUAGUUGUAUGUUUAUUUGGGCUCAACCUGUUGGAGAGUGCUUUUCAAUAUAUUUGCAAGAGUGUAAAAAGUAUUCAAUUUUUGAUCUUAAGAUCAAUACUAAUUCAAAGGAAUUGAUUGAACUUAAAAAACAUACAGAGACAUCAUCAGUAACACUAGAUUUAGAGGACGACGAAUUACCAGAUGUCAGUGUUUCAUCAGACUUUAUUUUAUCUGCAAGUCAGAAUAACACUAGUAAAAAAUCAAAGAGUAAUAAAUAUUUUACGUUGUCCAGUAAAUUUGGUGAUAUACAGAGGAACCUUCCAAUGGUAACAGUACAGACAACAAAACAAGAUGAUAUAAUUGAUAUUAAAUGCUUUUCCUUACCUAUACGGUCGGGAAUCAUUAUUGUCAAUUCAAGAAAUUUAAAUAUCAUAAAUGGCUACCAAAAAUUUAUUCAAGAAAUAUUUGGAUGGGAUUUUAAUGAAUUGAAAUCCAGUUCAAUCAGCAAUAUUUUACCGUCACUUCAUGAAAUUCUACGUUACAUCUUAGAUAAUUGCCAUGACCUAGAUUAUUUGAAUCCUGACAAUAGUAAUUCAGAAUUACCUCAUCAUUUUCUGCGAAAAAUCCUAGCAUCGCUAAACGAAGAGAAAUCACAACACUUUGAAUAUUCUGGUGUAGAAGGUAUACAUAAAGAUGGAAGCAUCUUAAAAAUUGACAUUCAAAUCAAUGUAGUAGAUACCAACACAUUACUGUUGUAUCUAUCUCAUAUCAGCGAUGAAAAGACAUUAUUCACGAAAGAACCUGAACCGAUCAAGGAAGAGGUAGAACAAUCAAUUGAUGAUGAUAAUGACAUACGUAACGACAUGGACAUGAAUCAAGCUAUAAUCGACGGUCCUUUGUUUGCAGCUAUAAAAGAGUUUUAUAACAUUCACAGGAACCAAUUUCUAAAGGAAGGUCUAUUUAAAAUUGACAAGGAAUUUAUAUUGUCGAUACUGAAAGCAGAAAAUGAACAUAUUUUAAAAUUUCAACGAUACCAGGAUAGUUGUAUUUCAUCAUUACCUGGCAUUACCAUUAAAUACACUAAUGGAGGUGAAACUGAAGGCGAUAAAGUUAACAAAAACAAGAGCUUUUCUGAUUUUGUAAUAUUGAAAGAACUGGGAGCUGGUGCAUUUGGAAAUGUUUAUUUAUGUCUCCAUCGAACAGAAAAAUAUAUCAUUACUAUAAAAGUCAUUUACAAAGAGAAAAUUGCAGAAGAGUAUUGGUUAAAGGAAGAUUUAGCAGAUGGAAUUCCUUUAGAAGUUAAGAUACUAUUAGACCUCCAUGAGAAUAAACAUGCAAAUGUACUCGAAUUAUUGGAUUAUUUUGAAGAUAAAGAUAACUAUUAUUUGGAGUCACCUGUGCAUGGCAUUGAUGGUUGUGUUGAUUUGUUUGAUAUUAUCGAUUCUAAACAAGAACUGUCAGAAAUCGAAUAUAAAUUAAUAUUUAAACAAAUUGUUUCUGCCGUAAAACAUUCACAUACGUUGGGCAUAGCUCACAGAGAUAUUAAAGAACAAAAUGUCAUUAUUGAUUCUAGAGGACACUGCAAAUUAAUUGAUUUUGGUUCUGCCGUAUACACGCAUAUGGGUCCAUUUUUAUCCUUUACAGGAACUAUAGACUAUUCAGCUCCAGAAACUAUCAGAGCUAUGGCUUACGAAGGUAAGCCACAAGAUAUAUGGGCACUAGGAGUGUUGUUAUACACUUUAAUAUUCAAACAGUUACCAUUUAAAAACGUUGAAGAAAUUCUUGAAGCAAAAUUAAACUUUUCAAAUCCUAGCAUACCCAUCAGUAAAGAAUGUAUGAAUUUAAUCGAAAGGAUGCUAGAACUCCAAGUAAGAAAUAGACCAUUCAUUGAAGAUGUUUAUGAACACGAAUGGUUGAAAGUUUAA